AUGGCAGCUUGUAAUAAGUCUGUGUUGGUCACCGUGACUGUAGCAGUAUCGAUGAUGUUGAUUUGCUGCCACGUAAGCGAGGGUGCCGCCAACGAUUUGAUAAGCAAAGUGUGCUCCGAGGCGAAAAACCCGUCGGUGUGCGAAAGCGUACUGAGGCCCGUCCGGGGUUCGAAAGGGGCCGAUCUUCCCAGUCUGGCCAAAACCGCGUUGGAGCAAGGGAUCGACGUCGUCGAGCAGUCGUUGGCCGCGAUCACGUUGAUUAGAGGCGACUGUACGGAUUUCUACACCGACGCGAUUGAUUCGUUGUACUAUGGCAGAGAGAAUCUUGUUUCUCGGGACUGGGAUAAUUUAUACAACAACGCCGUCGAUGCGCUGGAGUCCAUCGCUAAUUGCGACGAUAUACUUACCGCCGAGCCGGGUGACGUCGAGCCGCCGGCGAUCGCCCAGGCCGACCUCACGGCGGAGGACGCCGUUUAUGUGGUUAUAGCCGUUGCUAAAUACGGUCGUAUUACAAAAUUCAUUUAA